AUGGAUGAAUUUAUUAAAUGGCCAGAAGAUGACCAGGAAAAAACCUUUGAGCUGCAAGCUAUUGAUAUCGGCGCAGAGGGAAUUGGUAUUGAAAAGGAUGAGCAAGCAAUGAAUAUAGACGUGUCUAUAUAUAUACCUGUCUUUCUUUUUACUAAGUUAACUCCUAGAAGACGCCAAAAAUUGGUCUUUGCAGGGAAAACCCAGCGCUUCGAAAAUGAGUUCUUCCUCUACGACCAUCCUACCCUUAAUAACUAUAUAGCAGCCCGGGAGCUCAAUUUAAGUGAGGCCGUAUAUUGGGUAGAUUUUUAUGGCUAUCCUUUGAUUGCCAACGACCUAAAUAAAUUACUAAUCCUGCAAAACAGGAUGCAAGAUUUAGUAUGA